AUGACAUCAACCCUAGCAAAUAUGAGUUUCUCUGCUCCCACUUCAUCUUGCAGAAUGAACAAAAUUUCCAAUCUCAAAUUAACAACUUUGUCCGGAACAAGGAAUACAACUUUCUACAACAACGUAAAAGCUAUGGCAACAGGAGAUGAUUCAAGCUUGCAGAGGGCAAAGCUGCCACCAAAGAUGAAGUUGUCACAAGCUUCACCUAGUGUGUUGUUGAACCAGUUUCCAGUAGCUAGGGCACUGCAACAAAGGAUGGAAACAAUGGAUGGGAUUGUGGAAGAUCCAUUGGUGGGCAAUGACGGUUCCCGUAGGAUAGUUCUGGACAAUGAAUGUUCCCGUAGCAUAGUUCUGGAAAAUAACGAACAUGCUAGGAGAAAAAAUCCUUGGCUAAUAAAAGAAGGCCAAUAUGAUUACAAGGUUAGAUUUAACAUGCCUGGUAUGAACAAGAAUGAUGUUAAGGUAUGGAUUGAAGAGAAAGUGUUGGUUGUGAAAGCAGAAAAAAUAGCUACAGAGCAACAUGAAGGUCAACCAAAUGGCAGUGGAGAAUUUAGUGAAGAACAUGAAGAUUGGCCUGCCAAUAUCUAUGGUAGGUAUAAUCAUAGGAUUUCUCUUCCGGAUAAUGUUGAGUUUGAGAAAAUUGAGGCACAGGUUAAGAAUGGUGUUCUUUACAUAAGAAUUCCUAAAGCUAAAUCUAAUGCAAAAGUAAUUGGCAUAGAUGUUCAGUAA